AUGGCUGUUCUGGACGGAGAUCUUCUACCGGCAAUGUACUUCCUUACCUUGUUCCUCCUCGAGCAAUACCGCUUUCUGGAACUCCAAGAAGCCUACAUAUUCGACAAUCACAACCACGCCAUGAAGCUGUGUCCCAAGGUGCCGUUCAUGCCUCAUCGUUCUCCCACAGGGUCCCAAGCUGAGCACGGGUACGAUUGCGCCAUUUGCCAAGUCGACCCGAUCGGGAUUUUUGAAGAAGUCUACAAGCUCCCGUGCAAGCACCAGUUCCACAGAUGGUGCCUGAUCAACUGGCUAUGCCAUAUGGGCAAAUCAAAGUGUCCCAUGUGCCGAGACACAAUUCUCGCCAAGGACGGGCUCUUGGGUGUCAAAUGUCUGCCUUAUUUGAGAUGGAGAGAGGAAGUGUUGGCUCAAGCGCGUCGGCGGCGGAGGUACAGCAGUGAAGUGGUUGGCUUGACCACGGAAGGACAUUGA